GUCUCUCUUCCAAUAGAUAGUCAAGCAAAGCAAAGACACCAAAGUCAAUGCCUCAUUGCCAAUCAUCAAAAGCUUAAAUACCCAUUAUUUUCCCUUAGCUUCAUCCCAUCCUCACCACAAUCAUCAAUCUUUCUUCAAGAUUCUUGAAAACUAAACAGUAAAAGUUGCAAUCUUUGAGCAGCUGAGGUAGCAAAAAUGGUGAGACUUGCAGAGGGUAUAGAAGUCAAAGAUGAGCUGAUCAAGAAAGCUUGUAACUUAGCCACGGAAGCUCACAAUUUGUCUUCUGGGAAGCCUUAUAUUUACAAGAAAAAAAGUGGGUCGAUGGAGGCUGUUUUUGGUUUUGCUGGAACCUGGUCUCCUGAUGGUUGGUACAUUAGCACUUCUUUUGGAGAGACAAAGAUUAACCGCACUCUGUAUCCAUCUUUGAGAAAUGUUGGUACAGAUGAGGUAGCUAUGGUGAAUAAAGCAUUUUACAGCAGAUUUGAAGACAUAUUGAACAAAUCUUCACUUAAAAAUGAGGUGGAGAAAGCAAUGUCAGAUGGAAAACAGAUAGUGUUUGCAGGGCAUUCGUCCGGUGGCCCCAUAGCUAUUUUGGCAGCCCUCUGGUGUCUGGAAUAUUGCCGCACAAGACCAAAUGAAAACCUGGGCACAAGACCAAAUGACAACCUAGGCACAAGACCAAAUGACAACCUAGUUUAUCCAUACUGUAUGACUUUUGGAUCCCCUCUUGUUGGUGACAGAAUAUGGUCUCAUGCCCUCAAGCGCGAAAAUUGGGCUCGUUACUUCAUGCAUUUUGUCAUGAAGUACGACGUUGUCCCCCGGAUGAUGCUUGCUCCCCUUUCAUCAAUUCCAGAAUUGGUUCAAGCAAUCUUUGCCUUCAUCAAUCCAAAAUCCCAGUAUUAUCAGCAUGAGGCUGUUGUAAGAUCGAGUGAGGCAUCGCAUUUCUUCAUGACUGUAAUGAGAAGUGCAUCUUCUGUUGCAAGCUAUGUUGCAUGUAAUCUGCAGGGAUGUACAAACUUGCUGUUAGAAACUGUUUCAAACAUUGUUCAACUCAGCCCUUACAGACCUUUUGGAACUUACAUCUUCUGCACUGGAAAUGGGAAACUGGUGGUAAUUGAGAAUCCAGAUGCUGUUCUGCAGUUACUAUUCUAUUCCUCUCAAAUGAGUUCUGAAGCAGAAGCUGCAGCAGUCGUUGCCAGAAGCUUAAAUGAACAUCUGUUAUACAGAAACGAAAUGCAGGAGAGCUUAGAGAUGCAAGAUGUGGUUUAUCUCAAUAAUCUCACUGAUAUUCCUUUGUCUUCAAAUGUCAUUCCAAGUGAUGAAGUUGCAGCUAUGAAUUUAGCCCUGGAUGACCUUGGCCUAAGUACAAGAGCAAGGUUGUGUCUUCGUGCAGCAGGAGAGUGGGAGAAGCAGAAAAAGAAGAACGAGGAAAAGAUUGAUCUUAAUAAGAAGAGCAUCAAGGAAGGAUUAAGCAAGAUACAGGAGUACCAGACCAAGUGUGAUAUCCAUAAAGUUGGGUAUUAUGAUGCAUUCAAGCUUCAAGAAAACAUUGAUGACUUCAAUGCUAAUGUGAAAAGACUUGAGCUAGCUGGAAUAUGGGAUGAGAUCAUUGAAAUGUUGAAAAGGUAUGAACUCCCAGAUAGCUUCGAGGGAAGAAAGGAGUGGAUACAACUAGGGACACAGUUUCGCAGGCAAGUUGAGCCCUUGGAUAUUGCAAACUAUUACAGGCACCUGAAGAAUGAAGAUACUGGACCUUACAUGAUUAGGGCUAGGCCUAAGCGUUAUCGGUUCACACAGAGAUGGUUAGAGCAUGCUGACAGAGUGCAAACAGAUGCGCGUUCCGAGAGUUGUUUUUGGGCAGAAGUGGAGGAACUAAGAAACAAGCCAUUCACAGAGGUGCAAAACAGGGUUUUGAUUUUAGAAACAAACGCGUUGCGCUGGUUCCAGAGUGGCCUUUUGGGAAAUGAUGUUUUCUUCCCCGAGUCCACCUUUACCAAAUGGUGGAAAACACUCCCUGAUCAGCACAGACGGGCAUCUUUGAUAUCGAGGCAAAUAAAUUCUUAGCUCCUUGCGCUCUAAUAUUUUGAUAAUGAUGGUGUUCGGGCCAGCUUGCAGAUUCCUCAAAUAUUCCACCACGUAUACUCCAACGCCCUAAUAAGAGCAGCCACGUGGUAUCUGCCUAAGAUAAUUAAAAAAAAAAAAAAGGAUAGACUGGGCCGACUGGCAGGUCCACAUUACUUCAAUGAGACAACCCAAUGUAUCUAGCUAAAAUAAUUGAAGAUGUUUCAAUUUUCCUAGGAAUUGCAUUUACCUGUAUGGUAGACUAGUAUAUGGGAACGUGCGUUGCACGUUAAUUCCAAAAUAUAUAGUAGAAAAUUAUAUUGCAACACGAUAAAUUUUAAACGGUA